CUCUUCUCUCUUCGUUAGAACCCUCGAAAGAAGCCCUAGUUCCCGCCCCUGCUCGUCAACCAUUUCGGAGGCGCCUCUGCAACAUCUGCCUUUCUUUGCUUGACAAUGGUGCGUGUGAGUGUUCUGAAUGAUGCUCUUAAAAGCAUGUAUAAUGCUGAGAAACGAGGGAAGCGCCAGGUCAUGAUAAGGCCAUCAUCCAAAGUUAUCAUAAAGUUUCUUCUUGUUAUGCAGAAGCAUGGAUACAUUGGGGAGUUUGAGUACGUUGACGAUCACAGGUCAGGCAAAAUUGUUGUUGAACUUAACGGGAGACUCAACAAAUGUGGCGUCAUUAGUCCCCGUUUUGAUGUUGGUGUCAAGGAAAUUGAAGGUUGGACUGCAAGGUUACUACCCUCUAGACAGUUUGGUUUCAUCGUGUUAACUACAUCUGCGGGAAUCAUGGACCAUGAAGAGGCUAGAAGGAAGAAUGUUGGUGGUAAAGUGCUUGGUUUCUUUUACUAAGCGGUGUCGUGAAAUUGAAAUUCUUUUCCGAUUUUCUGCACUUUUGAACUUUAAUGGAAGCAGUAGAGUCCUGUUUUGUUUUAGCUGCCGUUUUGGUUGGAGGAUACAGGAUGUGACCUGCAUUGUUUUUUAAGACGUUGAGAUUGUUUAUGAGCUUUUUGUUUAAUCUAUGAGCUGUUUUUAUCUGUUUGACA